AUGCGGGACGUGUGUCAGAGGAGGCCCUGUCUUGUCUUAUGGCUCACAGCCUCCUACUGCAGGAGUGAGGGUACGCUCGAAUCGAUGCUCCUGCCUUACCGAAGCAGGUCCUCCGAGGAGGAGAUCUUUGGCGAAGGCAAGAUCCCAAAGCGUUACAGUCCAGUCAAGCUUGGUUACACGCAGACAGGGUACGACCGCGAUUCAGCACGCCUUUCAUUGGUUCCUGGGCUGCAACCAGACUUGUAUCUGUCUGCUUUGAACGCUGGAGUAAUAAAGUGGUAG